CAACACCUCCUCCUCCUCCUCCUCCUCCGUCUUUCUCUCCUACCCCAUCCAACAUGGCCGCUAAGUCUGAUGGAGCAGCGGUGGCUGUGCAAGAUGACAACCCGCCCAGGAGUCUCUCGGAGCCGGGCCAUGCCGCCGCCUCCACCCCUGCUACCGCUGCCGCCGCCCGGUCCCGGCGCGGCCCCGCGGGCGGAGAGGCUUACACGCUGCUGGACUGCUGCUGGGUGCUGUGCGCCCUACUCGUCUUCUUCUCCGACGGCGCCACCGACCUGUGGCUGGCCGCCGACUACUACCUGCGAGACGACUACUGGUGGUUCGGCCUGACCCUCGUCUUCGUCGUGGUGCCGUCCGCCGUCGUGCAGGUUCUCAGUUUCCGGUGGUUCGUGUACGACUACACGGAGCUGAGCGGCGGGGACGGAGGGGCGGCGAGCGGCGCGGCGGGAGAUGCAGGCGCGACGACCGGGGACGCCGCUUUAGGCACCAAGGACAGCGACCAGCGCGGCGCGGGCGCGGCAGCAGGGAACGCCGCCAACGCCACCGCCGCUCCGGCGUCUUCUUGCUCGCCUACGGCGGCGGCCGAUAGAGGCGGGGGACCCCGGAGAUGCUGCACCGUGUGCAUGUGGGUCUUUCAGUCGGUGCUGCACGUCUUACAGCUGGGACAAGUAUGGAGGUACAUCCACGCUCUCUACUUGGGCGCCCAGAGUCGUUGGCACGGCGACAGUUCCCGCCACCGCUUCCACUGGCGGCUGAUGUUCGAAAGCGCGGACAUCACCAUGCUCCGCCUCCUGGAGGCCUUCCUCAAGUCGGCGCCGCAGCUCGUCCUUCAACUGAGCAUCAUUAUCCACGGAAACGCAGUUCUGCCGCUGCAAGGUCUGUCAGCCUCGGCCUCCCUGGUAUCGCUGGCCUGGAUGAUUGCAUCAUACCAGAAAGUUCUGAGGGACUCUCGGGAUGACAAGCUGCCCAUGUCCUACAAGGCCGUCAUUGCCCAGAUCCUGUGGCACCUGUUCACUAUCGGGGCCAGGACGGUGGCCUUUGCCCUCUUUGCCUCUGUCUUCCAGCUCUACUUUGGAAUCUUUAUUGUCAGUCACUGGUGUAUAAUGACCUUCUGGAUCAUCCAAGGUGAGACGGACUUCUGCAUGUCUAAGUGGGAGGAGAUCAUCUACAAUAUGGUGGUGGGCAUCAUCUACAUCUUCUGCUGGUUCAACGUCAAGGAAGGGCCCAGCCGCCUCCGCAUGACCGUCUACUAUGCCGUGACGCUGGCUGAGAACGUGGCGCUGACGGCCGCCUGGUACACCUAUCGCGGCCCCCACACCUCCGACUCCUACGCCCUGGUGGUGGUGUGCCUGGUGGCCUGCAGCUUCGCCCUGGGGACCUUCUUCAUGCUGGUCUACUACUGCUGGCUGCACCCGGACGGGCCGGUCCUGGGCACAAACUGGGCAGGGUGUGUGGAUGAGGGCAUGGUGGCCGCAGGCGGAGUGGCAGGCGUCAUUGAUGCCUGCCUCACCCCGUCUCAAGGUUCGCAAACAGACAUGGUGAUCACCAGUCCUCCCAGGACUCUCCCCAGGACUAAAGACACGGGGGACAUGGUUCCAGGGGAGCAGGAUAGGGACAGGGAGAGGGAUCGGGACAGUUGCCUGCCAGUCUUUCAGGUACGUCCGUCCCCUUCAUCCUCUCCGGCACUCCUCCACAGGACCUCCUCCUCACAAGAGGGCCCUGUGAUCCGGAUCGAUCUCCCGAGGAAAAGGUAUCCGGCCUGGGAUGCCCACUUUAUUGACCGCCGCCUCCGCAAGACCAUCCUACUUCUGGAGACCACGUCUGCGGUCAGUCCCAGGAUACAGUACAGGAGUAGCAUGAUGGGAAGCAAAGAGGUGCUUGAGUACGAGACCACGGUUUAAGCCAACCAUGGGGCUUUUCCGUUUGGAAACACAGUCUGGGAUUAAGGCUCAGCCUUAGACCAUGCGCAGACUCCCUACGGCAGGAGACAGGGAACUGUUUUUACACGAAAAAAUGGCCGUCAAAACUUGAUUGUAAAAUGUGAAGCGCAAUCUGUGGGAGAGGUCGACCCCGGCCAAGGAUAAGGCAGCAUUGGUGAGCCGAUGAGGGAGUGGGAUAAUCUUGGUCUGAUUGAAAUGCUCGGAGGUGAGGAACUCCCAUCGUGGGACCGCCAAGACUUCAUCCUUCAUGGUCAGAAUGAGAUUAACGAGACGAUGCAUGAGCAUGAGCCUCGGACUGUGAAGACCACCCUAGAAGAAAAAAAAAAGAGUUCCGAGGUUAGCGGGGGACAUGCAAUUAUUGUGGCGUUGGCUGAAACAAUAGCCUCUCUCGCACGGUAGAUCCGGCAUUUAUCCGCCUUUGCCUUUUACACAGAGCCCAGCCAUUGCACACAGCGAUACAACAUACCGCAAUCAGAUAAUCACAUGACGUCAGGAUCAGUGUCUGGUAUAAAAUACUUGUGAAACAGCGACAGUGGCGUUCAACACAACAGGGUGGAGAUUCCCUUCCAAACAAGCCAACGCCCCACAUUCCGUGAUAGUGCUGUUUAUACAGAGCAGCAAAAAGGUGCCAAAAUGCCGGAUUUUACUGGCAGUGUGGAAGGGGCUGUUUUGGUGACUUUCUUUAUUUAUAGUUAAUUUUUUUAUAGGGAGAAAAUGUCAUCUAAUUACCAUUUUUAGGUCAAUAGGGUUUGUAGUCAUGUGGAAGAAUUAGGGCACCCCAUGGGAUUGUGUAAGCUACUACCCCUGAACGGCUGCACACAAAAGUGUGAAAAUUUGUCAAAACAUGCACCCCUUCUAUGUUGCCUGUGCUAUUAUUUUCCUUACAAAUAGACCGCAUGGUGGUGCUGUUAUUAAAACCCAACGUUUAUCACACAGUCCAAUGUGCUCUACAACACCCACCGUAACUUAAGGGUGUUUUUGCACAAUCACCACCAAAUUUGGUACACACCUUUACAGGACUGACAAGUACACGUGUAUAGAAUUUGAGCAAGGUUGUUUAAAAAGUAUCGCCGCCAUAAAGCCAAACAUCUUUGCAGGGACAUGAGCGGGAACUAAUUGUCCAUUAGUCAUUGAGCAUUUGUCUAAUGAUUCUAACAUUUUGAGGAUAUUUGUAUAUCAUGUAUGCUUGUAAGUAUUACAAAGCAUUUUGACCGCAACCCAUAGGGGGUGCCACAAUUGUCAUGUCCUGUCAUGGGGUGUCCUCAUUUUGUCACGACUAUUUACCAAGCAGCAUGCUUCUCGCCUUAGACCAAUCUUCACCGAGACGACUUGGAUGGUAACAAUUCAUAUUAUUUGUCUCACCAAGUGAAGACGUCUCCAGUAGAUUGCAGGUCCCUCGCAACCUUUAAAGAUUUCUAAAAGGCUGUCACGGGGUCUGAGGAGAAGUUCGAUGAAGCUUAGCGGAGGCUACAAGUGUUUACGUCACAUGACCAAGGCCUGGCAGUGAUGUCCAGUGUUAGCUAUGAGCCACCUCACACUGUUGUACAGUCCAGUAAAUACAAAUGUCAGAUAUAAGCUACGUAGAACACGUUGUAGUUACUGUAGGUGACGAGUGACUCCACGCACUCGACAGAGUCUUAAUGUCCAUACAAGUUUCAAUCCAAAAAAAACAUUUUGACUUCAUUAUAGUAAAGGAAAAACUUGUGGUCCGACAAUUUCAUGGAAACAAUCAUGUGUCUCAAUGGAAUACUCCUGUCAGUACACUUCAGUAAGUAAGUAUGCUGUGUACACUUUGUUCCUGAAUGUGCACAUUUUUACGGUUUAGUGCUGCCCCAUAUCAAUUACAGUAGACCUUCGGUUUUUAGCAUUAAUUUGUUCUAAAAGGUCAGCCGAAAACCAAGGCAAUUUUUCCCAUAGGAAAUAUUGUCCAUCCAUUCAUCCAUGUUCUUCUGCUUAUCCGAGAUCGUGUCGCGGGGGCAGCAACCUCAGCAGGGAAGCUCAGACUUGCCUCUCCCCGGCUACUUCGUCCAGCCCCUACCGACAGAUCCCGAGACAUUCCCAAGACAGUUGGGAGACAUAGUCUCUCCAACAUGUCCUGGGUCUUCCACGAGGCCUUCUACCGGUCGGACGUGCUCUGAACACCUCUCAUUCUGAUGCCAGAGCCACCUCAUUUGGCUCCUCUCAAUGCGGGAGGAGCAGCGGUUCUACUCCAAGUUUCUCCCGGAUGAUUCUCACCUUAUCCCUAAGGGAGAGCCUAGCCACCCUACGGAGAAAACUAAUUUCAGCCGCUUGUCCCUGCGAUCUUGUCCUUUCUGUCACUACCCAAAGCUCAUGACCAUAGGUGAGGGUAGGAACGUAGAUCGACCGGUAAAUUGAGAGCUUUGCCUUUAAGCUCAGCUCCCUCUUCACCAUAACGGGCCGCUGCAGAGUCAGCAUCACUGCUGACAUCGCACCAAUUCGCCUGUCAAUCUCACUUUCCAUCCUUCCCUCACUCGUGAACAAGACCCUGAGGUACUUAAACUCCUCCAGUUGGGGCAGGCUCUCAUCCCUGAUCCGGAGAUGGCACUCCACUCUUUUGCGAGCGAGAACCAUGGACUCGGACAUGGAGGUGCUGAUCCUCAUCACUCACACUCGGCUGCUGACCGAUCCAGUGAGAGUUGAAGAUCCCGGACCAAUGAAGCCAGCAGGACCACAUCAUUAGCAAAAAGCAGAGACCCAAUCCUGCAGCCACCAAACCGGAACCCCUGGACACUCUGGCUGCUGCUGGCUGGAAAGAAUCCAUUCAUCCAUCCAUCCAUCCAUUUUCUAUGCCGCAUAGCCUCAUUAGGGUCGCUGUGGUAUGCUGGAACCUAUCCCAGCUGACUUUGGGUACACCCUGGACUGGUCGCCAGCCAAUCGCAGGGCUGGAAAUAACGUAAAUCAAAUGAAUUUCUUCCAGACACCCAAAAAUAUUAACACAAAACACAUUUUCGACAUGGCAAACUGACCAGUUACGUGCAAAAUUUUAGGGAAAAUUUCAGACAAAAAACGAAUCACAUGAAAACCGGGUCGUUCAAAAACCCAGGUUUGACCGCACUACCGUUGCGCACUUGCCGGAAAUGACGAUUGCAUUAUUCACUCGCUUUUUCGUCUUCUCUGCUUUUUAAGUCAGGAAAGGUCUGGUUGUCGCUCGUGUUCCUCUACGUAGCCAAGUGUCUCAGUUGGCGCGCUGGUGUGCAUAUACUUAGCUUUUGAGCGCAUAAGUGCGUUCACACUGAGAAGUACAGUAAAAUGCAGUGCACUGUCCGUACACGGACACUUACCACCCUCGAUAGUCGCCAUCUUGGCUAUGUGGCAGAAGGGGGAGGGACUACCAAACAAAAAGCCACGACGUAAUCUCCUCCUCAUUUGAAGCAGGGGCACACGCAAGCGAGAAAAAGUACAGUAGUUCUCCGAAAAAACAAAUGGCACGUAAAAAAAAAACAACAAUACAGGGCGUGUCUGAGAGCGUCGUAUCGCAACUUUAUUUUCCAACAAUGUGCUAUAAAACGUGGACAGUGGAUAAACGUGGAAUGUUUCACUUUCGCUUUCUGUGCCAGUGUGAACGCGAGAGAGACUCCAAGCAAGAACUGCUGCUAGUCGUCGUCUUUGAGAAUGUACAUAAUGACGGCAGGCAGCCGGUUGGGGGUGGGGUCGGGGCGGGGGGAUUUUGGGGCUCACAUGACGCACGAGCUCGUCGGAGGAGACUCAAAAGAUGGAUAUCAGUGUUGCCGUGGUGACGAAAGUUAAUGGUGCUGCAAACUCUAUGUCGCGCCCGCCACCCGCCCCUCCUGCCCCCUCCAUCAUGUCAGACAUGAUAAGCUAAUGUACAGAACUUGUGGGCGGGGCUUGGCUUAAUGAACCAAUCCUGUCGUUUUUGCUGUGGUGAUUAUUUAUUAAUAACUUGAACUUUAAAAACAAAAUACAUUCUGUUAAUUGAUGCAAGUAUUUACGUUUAUUUUUAUAUUUGUUUUAUACUUAUAUUCAUUCUUGUUUAAUCACUCGGUGGCCAUGUCUUUGGUAUAUGAAGAUGUACAAAGUAGAUUUUUUUUACUCAUUACGUCUAUAAAGUAUGUACAUAACAGAAUAGGGUGUGUGUGCGUGUGUGUGUGUGUGUGUGUGUGUGUGUGUUUGUGAAGUGUGUGUGGAGGUAAGGGAUUUUUUUUUCUCUGACGGUGUUAUAAAUAAAUGAGAAAAAUAUAAAAGAGCUCAACAAGCUGUGCUGAUAACUGUAGAUGGGAACAAUUACUGUAGUAAACAUGGCUGAACAGCAGGGGGCGUGUGUCUGCGUCUUAUUUGA